AUGGCCCUGGCGGCUGCGGGCACCAUGCCCGAAUACCUCGGCCACAUUCGGUCUAUGCAAGACGCCUACGACUUUGUCAAGAACAAGUCCAGCUGGAUUGGUCCCAACCAUUCGUUGGUGUUUCAACUUGUAGACUUUGCCCGCAACCUCACGUCCCUUCUUUCUCUUCACUAUUCUGCCGACCCUGCCGAACACAUUCCGACUUCCUUCCCCACCUCUGCCGAUGCCGAGCUGAGCGAGGCCGAGUGGGCCCGUCGGCGACGCGAGUUUGACGAGAGCGAGCAUCUCGACCACAGUAGCUCCAUGGGGAGCGAGGGGAGAAGGUUGAGUGAUGAGAGCGGGAGUGGGAGUGACUGUAUGAGCCCGGAAGAAGCGGGGGACGAGGCGAGAAGGCUGGAUGAGGCAAUGUUGGCCAGAAGGGCGUUGAAAGAAGCUGUCUGA